UCCUCUUAUAAACUCUCUUGCCACCCCCCUGCUUCUUCCCCAUUUCUCUCGCUCUCUCUCUCUCUCUCUCUCUCUCCCCCCUCCGCUCGAUCUUCUCUCCCAUGGUUUCCUUCCUUCAUCGACCAUGCCCUCCCAUCCCAACCCAUUCCACUUCUCCAUCCAAAGGUGGAUUAACAAUGGACGACAGAAACAAACUAACCAGAACACCUCACAGAGCGACAGCGACGACAACGACGACGACAGCCCAAUCUCCAGCUCCGUCGAAUGCUACGCCUGCACACGUAUGGGAGCUCCGGUGUUCCACUCCACCACGUGCGACAAGGCCAACCAGCCGCAGUGGGAAGCCUGCGCUGGAACUUCCCUGAUCCCAAUCCACUCCCGAACCGACCUCAAGAAAGGCCUGGGCUCGGCAGCCCGUCUCCAGCGGCCCACCGGCCCGUUCGGUCGGGUACUCGACCCCCGCAGCAAGCGCGUGCAGAAGUGGAACCGCACGUUCCUUUUGGCGCGUGGGAUGGCCUUGGCGGUCGACCCGCUUUUCUUCUACGCGCUGUCGAUUGGCAGAGGUGGUACUCCUUGCCUCUACAUGGACGGCGGGUUGGCGGCCAUCGUGACGGUGCUGCGCACGUGCGUCGACGCCGUUCAUCUCUGCCACCUGUGGUUGCAGUUUCGGCUGGCGUACGUCUCGAGGGAAUCUCUGGUGGUCGGUUGCGGGAAGCUGGUAUGGGACACACGUGCCAUCGCCACUCACUACCUUAGGUCUUUUAAAGGCUUCUGGUUCGACGCUUUCGUCAUUCUUCCAGUUCCUCAGGCUGUAUUUUGGUUAGUUUUGCCAAAGUUAAUAAGAGAAGAGCGGAUUAAGCUGAUAAUGACAAUACUUCUAUUGAUUUUUUUAUUUCAAUUCCUCCCAAAAGUUUAUCACAGCAUAUGCUUAAUGAGAAGAAUGCAAAAGGUCACUGGAUACAUAUUUGGCACCAUUUGGUGGGGUUUUGGUCUCAAUCUUAUUGCCUACUUCAUCGCUUCUCAUGUCGCUGGAGGCUGCUGGUAUGUCCUGGCAAUACAACGAGUGGCUUCGUGCCUACGGCAACAUUGUGAGAGAAGCACCAAGUGCAAUCUCUCUUUGUCAUGCUCAGAGGAAGUAUGUUACCAGUUUUUAUUACGUUCUGAUACAGUAGGCAAUCCUUGCGGUGGUAACUCAACCGUGGCUAGAAGGCCGCUUUGCUUGGAUGUCAAUGGAACCUUCAAUUAUGGGAUCUACCAGUGGGCUCUUCCUGUCAUAUCUAGCAAUUCAGUUUCUGUUAAGAUUCUUUAUCCUAUCUUUUGGGGUCUAAUGACUCUCAGCACAUUUGGCAAUGAUCUCGAACCUACAAGUCACUGGCUGGAAGUGAUUUUCAGUAUAUGCAUCGUGCUAAGCGGCUUGCUUCUCUUUACACUAUUAAUUGGAAAUAUACAGGUAUUCCUGCAUGCAGUGAUGGCAAAGAAGAGGAAAAUGCAGCUGAGAUGUAGAGACAUGGAAUGGUGGAUGAGAAGGAGACAAUUACCGUCUAGGCUGAGACAGAGAGUGCGCCAUUUCGAAAGGCAGAGAUGGGCAGCCAUGGGAGGAGAAGACGAGUUGGAAAUGCUCAAAGAUUUGCCUGAAGGUCUCCGGAGGGACAUCAAACGCUACCUGUGCCUAGACCUCAUUAAAAAGGUUCCUCUGUUCCACAACUUGGACGAUCUUAUUCUUGACAAUAUAUGCGACCGGGUCAGACCACUAGUCUUCUCAAAAGAUGAAAAGAUAAUAAGAGAAGGAGACCCUGUGCCUAGAAUGAUAUUCAUAGUUCGAGGAAAGAUUAAACGCAGCCAAAAUCUAAGCAAAGGCAUGGUGGCAACGAGUGUGCUUGAACCAGGAGGUUUUCUAGGCGACGAGCUGCUUUCGUGGUGUCUUAGAAGACCAUUUAACGACCGGCUUCCUUCAUCAUCUGCCACGUUCCUCUGCGUGGAAUCCACGGAUGCAUUCGGGCUAAAUUCGGAAGAUCUGAGAUACAUAACGGAUCAUUUCAGGUACAAAUUUGCGAAUGAGAGGUUGAAAAGGACGGCGAGAUAUUAUUCAUCGAAUUGGAGAACAUGGGCAGCUGUAAAUAUACAACUUGCAUGGCGUCGUUACAGGUUGAGGACCAGAGGUCCUGUGAUUCCUGCUGUUUCCACUGAUAAUGGAGGCACCGAUCGGAAGCUAAUGCAAUAUGCUGCUUUGUUCAUGUCCAUUAAGCCACACGAUCACCUCGAAUAAAUAUUAAAAAAAAAAAAAAAAAAAAAAAA